AUGGUACCUGAAGUUGUAUUCGUUUUGGGUGCGCCUGGCGCCGGCAAAGGAACGCAGUGCUCAUUGAUUUCUAAAGAAUAUGAUUUUGUACAUCUUUCUGCUGGAGAUUUAUUACGUGAGGAACGACAAAGACCCGGGUCCGAGUAUGGAGAGAUGAUUGAAGAAAAAAUUCGCAACGGCCAGAUCGUACCCGUAGAGGUUACGUGCUCACUGCUUCACAAGGCCAUGCAGAACUCCGGUAAGCAGCGUUUCCUUGUUGACGGAUUCCCACGUAACAAGGACAACUUGGAAGGAUGGGAACGUGUCAUGUCCGACAAAACCAAGUUACUGUUUGUAUUAUUUUUUGAAUGUUCCCCGGAAAUUUGUACGGAGCGGUGUUUGGGUCGCGGUGCGGCCGGCAGCGGCCGAUCAGACGACAACCUAGACAGCCUCAAGAAGAGAUUCAACACUUAUAUCAAUGAUACCUUACCAAUCAUUAAUCACUACGACGAGCUGGGGCUUGUGCGCAGGAUCAACGCGGAAGUCUCUCCAAAUGAUGUAUUUCAAGAUGUGAAGGUUGCAUUUCAGGAAGUGGGAAUGCAACAAAUAGCUAAUUAA